CAAUUGGGGGAAGCGUGGGCUGCACCUGCUGCUUUUUGGGGAAGUAAAGGAAGUUGUAAUAUCAUCCCCUACAUCUCAAAGAUUUGUUCCACUUAACUAGGAGGAGAAAGAUUGGACAAAGUGCAAGAGAAGACAUAUUGGUACUUUAAGGAAAGCUUCACUUGCAGAUGAACGUCACGUCAUUGAAGUGCAUGUGUCCAUCAAAGGCCUCCUAUUAAUAUCACCAUCGCUAUCCUGUCAGCAAGAAACGCUGUCAAAAAUAAGGAGAUUGAAGGAGAGAAAGAACGAGGGAGGAAAAGGAGAGAAGGGGAAUCCCCAACAUGAAGAACAACAGGAUGGAAGCGAUCAUGUCUUACGCAUUCCUCUUAUUUAUAACAUCAGCAUUGCUUUGUGGGAUGCUGGAUGGGAUGGAUUCUAUUGAGGGGAACUGUAAUGAUGUCAUCAGACUUCCGUGUGAAGCUACUAGUCGAACAAAAAACUACCGCUACAGCAUGUGGUACAAAAUAACAAAACAAGAGAAACUAGCUAUUAUUAAGAAGAAAACCAAUAAUAUUACAACAUAUAACAACUACUCUGCAUCUUUUGGAGACAAUGAGACUCUGGAGUUACACAGUGUGAACCCAUUGGAUUCUGGAGUGUAUGAGUGCUACCUAGCUGCAGCCAUCGGCGGUCAGAAUGUAGAGUCUUCAAUUAGACUGAAUAUUUCAGAAUGCACAUAUCUGACCACAUUGCGUCCUACCACAGCCCCGUGCCCUGAACUACAAGUACCUGUUUCAUGGGCGCUGCUUGGCUUCUCUCUCAUCAGCUUGGUCAAAAUCAUACUUUGCAUAGUUACUGUGGGGGUGUGUAAUCAAGUUGUAUUUAAAAGAAUACAAAGAAAACAGGAAGUAAGGGGAAUCAAGAGAGGAACAAGGUCAAUCUGGAAGAAAUGAAACUCAGAAAAAAAAACUGAUGGGGUUUCAAAGAUUUGGCUCUCACUUUCCUUUAGCCAGUAAAAAAACUAUUUAUAUUUAAAGGGUCAUUUAGAUUAAAGGUAGUUGUGACUGUAUAAUAGGAGGGUGAUUUAUAGCUGGUGAGGGAAAAAAUCUAAUAUAAGGCCUCCAUUGUGGUCUUAAUAAGAUUAUUAACUUAAAUAUUGUUCUCUACAUUGUACAAUUAUAUGUAAAUAUUUGAAUUAUUAGUGGCAGAAUUUUAGAAAUGAACGGGUUUAUGUAUAAAUGGACAAACAUUGUUUUAUAAGAUGUUUGCCCUUACAUCAGAGGUUUUCAAUUUUUUUGAAAUUUUUUUUUUCUGAAUUAUUUACUUGAAGUAUCCCCAGAGAUUUUAAUUAAAUGUUUCAAUAAUUUAAUAAAACAUUCCAUGUUUAACUUCAAAACAUGUAUUUUUCAUCUGUUUUAAAGUUUUUAUCAAUAGUAAAUAGUUACAGACAGUUAUUAUUACCUGUUAUACUAUGGGUCCGUUAAAUGCUUGAAUCUGAUUGGCUGAUAAACGUUCUGAGGUGUGCAAUUAUUUUAUGGGAAAUGCACGGCAGCUCUCUUGACCGCAUGACAGUUCCAUAUCACUUCGCAUAGUUAACUGUAAUAACAGACUAACAAAAACAACAUGACAGAUUUUCCGAGGCAAUAACAGCGCUGUUUAGAGACGCAAAGAGGUAGCACAGUCUCUCUCUCUCUCUCUCUCUCUCUUUUUCUUUCUUUCUUUCUCUCUCUGUGUCUCUGACGCUCUCGCUCUAAUAACUUCAUUAAUAACUGCAUUAGAAUGCUUUCAACGGCUCAAGCCUAUAUUGACAGCUUUAAGAUAACGUUUUGGAACAAGCAAAAGAGCCGUUGGAUGAGACGUGGAAGAAAUAUUCCUACUCACAAUACCGAUUUAAGUACAAAAACUGGACGAAUCCCUUUAAAUAUUUCAUGCGAUCAAUGUCUUGAGGUGUGGUAACGAUCAUAUAAGUGGAAUAAUUGACUCCGGGCCGUUGAAUUAUUGAAAAAUAAUGCACAUCCGAGGUGUGUGGAUUAUUUUUCUAACAAUUUUAUGCCUGUCGUCAAUUAUUCCUUACCAUUGGACCUUCAUCUGGUCCUUUUCUUUUAAUAAUAAUAAUAAUAAUUUGUUACAUUUAUAUAGCGCUUUUUCUGCAGACCUCAAAGCACUUUACAUAUGAAUGGGGGAAUCUCCUCAACCACCACCAAUGUGCAGCAUCCACCUGGAUGAUGCGACGGCAGCCAUAUUGCGCCAGAACACCCACCACACACCAGCUUAUUAGUGUAGAGGAGACAGAGUGAUAUAGCCAAUUAGUAUAUAUGGGGAUGAUUAGUAGGCCAAUGGUCAAGUUUGGUCAGGAUGCCAGGGAAAACCCCUACUCGUUUUCGAAGGACAUCCUGAGAUUUUUUAAUGACCACAGAGACUCAGGACCUCGGUUUAACGUCCCAAGGACGGUGCUUUUUUGACAGUAUAGUGUCCCUGUGACUAUACUGGGGUGUUAGGACCCACACAGACCACCGGGUGAGCACCCCCUGCUGGUCUCACUAACACCUCUACCAGCUUCAACCUGGUUUUCCAGGAGGUCUCCCAUCCAAGUACUGACCAGACUCAACCCUACUUAGCUUCAGUGAGAAAACUGUCUUGGGCUAUGGGGUGAUAUUUUAUUGAUACAUUAAUCAUAUCUGUCCAUUUUGCAUGAGUUUUCAGUUGUCUGAUAGGCAUAUCCACCUUAUUUUCGAACGCAGAAGUAAGCAGUUUCCUUGUGUGACGAUUUCCUUUUUUGUGUGAGACUUCCGUUUCAAUAGUUGCCUGGGAGAGAACAUGUUGUAUUCAAAUAUUUUGAGUUGACGGGACUUCAAAAGCACAGAGGCAUACCACCGGUACAGUGGGAAAGUCAGUUCGAGUGUUUUGCUUACGAAAAAGACCAAGAAUUUGUGUUUAUACCUUUGUCAUGUGUAUGUUUAAAAUUUCCCAACUGAGUUUAACACCACAAUUUUUAAUCGACUGUUAUUAUGUUUGAGUUUUAAUGGUGACACAUCAAGCUUAUCACGUGAAUGUGGUGCUUCCUCCUGACAGUCACCAUCAGUAUCUUGUUCAUUCAACACAUUAGAAGUAAUUUGAACAAACCACAAUAAUCGUUUUUCUAUAAAAGGUUUUACUGGAUAGAUAUAUAUUAUGGGUGUGCGUGUGCCACAUCCACAUUCAGCUCUAGUGCAUGGUUUAUGGUCAAAACAAAUGUUUUGUAGAGAUUUACUGUUUUUGUAUUAUGGCAGCCCCUUUCUGCACAAAUUAUGCCAGUUUUUCUGGAUUUUAUAAUAAACAUAGCCAGGAACCCACGUGCAGUUCCCUUGCGAACCACCAGGGGUUCAAGCUCAGACUCAGACCUCAUGGCCUUUGGUAUGAAGGUCUUGCUGCCCGAGACUAAUGCCAAGUUUAGACUGCAUGAUUUUAGCCCUGAUUUUGACUCGUGUGUAAUGUGUUCUGACUGAAAAUAACAUCGGCGAUGACCUCAGCCAAUGAAAGAGCAACAUACAGGGCAGCUGGAAGUUCGGGGAGGAGUCUUCCCAACCAUUUCCUUCUUCAUAACCUCUUUUCUUUUUCUUCUUUUCACUGCUAAUGAGCACACAUGCAAUUUGUAUGGGAAGCUUAUUGCGGGCUAUCAUAUUUAAUAAUAAUCCCAGUCUCACGUGAGAAGUCCGGUCUUGCACGCGUGACCACACGUUGUUUCCCUGUCACUUCUCGCGUGCAUUUGGUUGUGAGAUGUAGUUGGCGGACUGGGAAAAAGUUGUCUGCGAUUCUUCCAAAGGUAAAGUCAUGCAGUGUAAAACCCCUUGUCGGCGAUUCAUUGUGCAGUGUGAAAACAGCACCGACUGAACUCCAGAUUGCGAUAGAUAGCGAUUGCUUUGAACAAAACAGGAAGUACAGCUCUCUCUUAACACUUGAACCCAUUGUAAUUUUAAGUCUGUUUUUUAUUUGGAGUCAUUUGGUGCGCGAUGACACACAGCCCUCUCACAUGCCAUCAUAUUGCUUAGUUGGUCUGUUAUGUGUGCAGCUCAGACAUUCACUUAACCCUGCUCAGAUGGCAUGCGGUGGUUGACGUCUCUUGUUUUAAAUUGUGCUCUGGCCCGAUUUGCGAUCAAAUUGAAACCCAUGUGAACCGCACUCUAGCCCACCUCUGCAAACCGUACAGAGCAAUCACACAAGUCAAACGAACCAGGCUUUGUGGGAAAGUGUGAGUUUGGAUAGUGUGAUUCCGCCCUGCGUGCGUGCUUCUGGGAGAAUAGGGGGUAACAAUUGCGCUGGGGCAUGGUUUGGUUUUAGUGUGUCCCAAGGAACUCUCAUAUACAUGAUCUCUUACGGCUAAAAAAACUCUCUAUAAUUAUUGUUGUUGUUUUAAUGUUUAUAUUUUAUGCAUAUCAUAGCAUUGUUAAAAUCAUUAAUAUUGUUUAGU